UUACGAGAAUGGAUCUACCAUUUUGUGCUUCGACUGGUAGUAUGGACGAUGUUCUCGAAUUUGAUUUUGCAAAAUUUGUCUCCAUUGAAUCACAAGACUUCAUAAACAUUAUCACAGGGUUUAGUAAUUUUGAUAAUGUUCUUGUCACUAUAUCAAGUUCACAAGUUAAGUUCUCUUAUGGAAGAACAACAAUUAUUCUAACUCAAGAGGAAAACCACUGUAUUUUUGGAGGUAUCGAAGGAAGUAAUAAACUUAUUUUUGCAAUCACUCUCCAACCAACGGAAUUAUUUUACAAAUUUGUAGGACGAUCUAAAAGGGUUUGGUUAUUCAAAUCAAAUAAUUCCCUUAAAGGUGUAAUCGCUGCCCCUUUAGGAUUGUAUGCUCGAUAUUUGGCCUAUUUUCGUCCAAGGAAAUGA